UACGUACGCUUCUACUUCCUGUUUUGUUUAGCCUCUCAUUCCCGUAACCGGUGGCUCGGUUCGGGUAGAAAUGGAACAAUUAGUCGGGCAGGCGGACAAAUACGACCGGCCCGCGAGCAGAAGCGCUUUUCCCUCACAUCGGUGGAGCUUCUAAGCCGAAAAGAAGUCGCUGACGCUCUCUCGCCGGGCUUCCCAAGCCCCUCACGUCCCCGCGGCGACAUGGCACUCAGCUCGGGCGGCUGGGCUCCGCAGGUCUCGUUGCUCGCUUCUUCCCAGCCCGGAGCCUGCGACGCCGGGGCCGGAUCGGCUCCCUCGUCGGCUUGCUGCAGCACCGUCUUAAUGUCCGUCCGCGUGUCGGUGUCCCACUCCGGUAUCCGCCCCUUGUGCCUGCCCGGAGCCGACAGCGAGGCUCUGCGCCUCCAGCUCAGCAUGGACCCGAGCCGGGCCGGAGAGUUUCGACUGGCCCUGCGGGACACCAGCGGGAACCGCAACGUGUUGGUGGAGUUCGACCUGCGCUCGGUGCACUACGAGGUGAAGUCGUCGCGCUGCCACGAGAUGCGUCUGACGGCGCCGCCCCACGACUUCAUCCGCUUCUCCUUCCGCUGCGACCGUGAGGCCGAGGAGUGGGCCACCGUGGUCACGUCGUCUCUGCGAGAGGCCCGGCGGGUUGCAAACAUGGCCGUCUACGAAGGAAGCGGCAAGCAAACGCAGGCCGCCGAGGGCGCGACGGAAACGUCACUGCCGCUCGCCGAGGAGCUUUGCCUGGAGCUCGUCAAGGCGGUGGAGGCAGGCGACGCCCAAGCCGCCGCCCAGCACGCGUCCGCUCUGGCCCGCCAGAAAGCGGCGCUGAGCAUCCAGCCGGCCGAGAAGAACUACGCCACCGGGGAGAUCAGUCUGUCUGUGGUGGUGGAGGAUGUCUCUUCUUCCUGUUGCUUCACCGUCAAAGUCUUCCCCUUCAUGACGGUGGCUUCACUCAAACAACAGGUGUUUGUGGAGUACAGCUUCCACCCGCGCGUGCAGCGCUGGGUGAUGGGUCAGUGUCUGUGCGCAGACACUCGCUCGCUGGCCUCCUACGGCGUGCAGCGCGACGGCGACACGGCGUACCUCUACCUAAUCUCGGCGCGCCAGGCCCGCAUCACCCGACAGCUGUUCCAGCAGGACCUGGAGGGCGCCGUGUCCGCCCCGCCUCUUCUGUCCGGCAACGGGCCCGCGUCGCAUGACCGCCGGGGCUACAGCACACUGCCGCCGCGGUUACCCAACAGCAACCAGGUUGGUGGCGAUAAACCAGCUGACCUCCAGGUUGUGUUUGACAUGGAGCACCUGCAGCUGAACAACAAAGCUGCUCGAACACAGACGGAGUGGGCGUGUCCCUCAUGCACUUUCAUCAACAAGCCUUCUCGUCCGGGCUGCGAGAUCUGCGCUACGGCCAAACCCGACGCACAGGCCGACGCCCCGCAGCAUGCAGCGCGCGGCGAGCCGGCCUCGACCAGCAGCUGACCGCCCGUCGCCGCCGUCUGCUCUCGCACUCUUCCCUCUGCCCCGCCCCCACGCGCUACGCCGGUGUUGCCAUACAUUGUCCACACACACACCACGAUGAUUGUCAAGUGCACUGAGAGUCCCGGCAGCCGAUUGGCUGCUGGAGACAUUUAAAGCACUGUAGCAUGACGCCGGAGAAGAGAGUUCGGCCAUUUUCCACAAGAUGCUUUGAGUUUAGCCACACCUCUUACUUUUUAUUUCAUUUUUGAAAAAAAAAAAAAAAAAAAGAGGCCCUUAUAUUUAUUGGAGGGGAGGUGGUGACGGAAGGUGUGGGGAACGUUAGAUUUCCGUCAGGGCAAAACUGUGAAGUUGCAGAUGAGAGGAUGUUUACUCUUUACAAAUCUAUUUUAAUGGGCGUGUUUUUUUUUAAAGGAUUCAUAAUUGAUGUACAUUUUAGUAGCUGAUUUGAUUUUAUUCGAUUCCCUCAAGUUGUGACAGCGACGGAAUGAUGUUUUCAGUACAUAUUACUGUGUAAAAAGUCAAAUGACAUUAGCUGAAUAAACAAUGCAUCAUACCACCAUGGCUGUCUUAUUGAGAAAAAUGAAAAAAAUGAAUUCAUUAAGUCAACAUCCUGUUUUAAAGCCACUAGCAAAUUCAUCAUUUAAAAAGCAAAACAAAGUAUCAAAACAAGAAUAUAUACAUUAAAAAAAACUCACCACCCUCCAAUGUGCCAUCUCUUAAAUCCAAAUAAAACAACAUACAUAAAGACAUUCAUCAUUUUUUUUUGGUGCAUAAAUACACUGUUGGAGAUCAGUAAGUUAAGGAAUUGUUAAUACAAAUAAGGGUAUUUAAAUACAUUUAUCAUAUUGACUAAGGGGAAAAUAAAUGAGCAACAAUCAAUUAUUUCCACAUAUCUUGGAAAGUUCUUCAAACGGCAAACUAGUAGGGACUGAAUCUGGUUGAAGCUAAGUGGUGCACUCCAUUAUUGCCUCCAUUACUUCAAGAUUCAAGCAAUCCAUUGACACUGACACCCAGCCCUAACAGAAGUAACGUUUAAAAAAAAAAAAAAGUGUACAGUAAUUCCUCCAGUGGAUUAACUGUCAAUACCUGGUGGGAGAAGAACCUGAGAUCACCUUUGUUGAAGGCUUGUCCGUGGUCUAUUUCCAGAAGAGAAUGUUCCAGAAGAGCAGCCAGCAGGGAUACACGAGCAGCGCCACCAGCGGGAAGACCAGCGAGCCGUACAGCUCGUGGUCCAGGAUGCCCUGCGAGAUGACCGACAGGAAGAGCAGCCAGCUGUCCUGGAAGCCCAGCGGCAUCUCCUGCAGCUCGCGGAAGGCGAAGACGGAGAAGAGCAGCGUGCAGGCGGGGCUGAGGACCACCGUGAAAACGGCCACCGGGAACCUGAGGGACAGAGGAAGCCGUCAGUUCGAAGAAAAGACGGCCGAGGCGCGUUGCGGGCGUUUAUACCGGGAAACGUGCGGCGUGACGACGGCGGCCACGGGCACGAGCGUGAGGGCGAGGAUGAAGCCCAGCGAAAAGUUGACGAGGGCGGUGCAGCCCAGCAGCACGGCCAAGUACAACACGGCCACCAGCUUCAAAACUCUCCAGCCCUGCUCCGUGCCUUCGCCAGAAACAAGUCUGUCGAACACACAGCAAGUGAAAAUGACGACUUGAGACAUGUCAAUGAAGUCGGAGACGAAAUAGCCACAUUGCAAAGUACGGUAUACAGAGAAUGCAUCUUCACGGUUCGACAUUCGCCUGCGAAAGCGGAGUAACACGACAGUAGUUAUUUUUCCAACGAUACGUGAUCAAUAAUAGAGAUAUUGCAAAGAACUGUAUUUUUUUUUUUUUUUACAAUACAGUAUCAAUAAGAGAUAUUUUGUUUUUUCUAGUGAUACAGUAUCAACAAGUGAUAUGUCAAAGAAAGUAAAGAAUAAAGAGUGGAGCCGAGUAAAGAAUAGUAUAUUUUGCUAAACAUAACCACAGAGUAUCAAUAACAGCGAUUUUACAAAUUAUGGUGGAUUUUUUUCCCUUUUUCCCCCCUCUAACGAUACACUAACAAUAAUAGUGAUAUUAAAAUGUUUACCUGUUAUCGAUACAGUAUUGAUAAGAGCAGUACUGCAACAUUUGGUAUACAUUUGUUUUUCAAACAAUGCAGGAUCAAUAAUAGCAGUAUCAUAGUGUAUGGUAUAUAUUUCUUUCCAACUGUACAAUAUCGAUAAUGAUAUUGCAAUAUCAUUAUUUUUCUAGUUAUACAGUAUUGUGAUAC